ACCCCGGACUCCGCAGAGGUGCCGCCGCCGGGCCAGGCAGAGGAUGGUGCGCACCGUACCGGGCGAGUCCGGGUCGUCAGAGCCGCUUCAGCGUCACAGCCGAGCCGGCCGCGGAGGGUAGCCUUCGACCCCCCCCCCACUCACCAUCUCCCCCAGCCCCGCACCCCGGCGUGAGGCCGGCGCCGCAGUGGCCGCGGCCAUGGGGGCCCUGACCAGCCGGCAGCACGCGGGCGUGGAGGAGGUGGACAUCCCGUCCAAUUCCGUGUACCGCUACCCGCCCAAGUCCGGCAGCUAUUUUGCCAGCCACUUCAUCAUGGGAGGAGAGAAGUUUGACUCUACGCAUCCUGAAGGUUACCUGUUUGGCGAGAACAGCGAUCUGAACUUCCUGGGGAACAGGCCAGUGGCGUUUCCUUAUGCUGCCCCACCUCCUCAAGAACCAGUGAAGACUCUGAGAAGCCUGGUCAACAUCCGAAAGGACACGCUGAGACUUGUCAAAUGUGCCGAGGAAGUGAAGAGCCCUGGAGAGGAGGCGGGCAUAGCUAAAGUCCACUACAACGUCGAGUUCACCUUUGACACGGACGCCCGUGUGGCCAUCACCAUCUACUAUCAGGCCACUGAAGAAUUCCAGAAUGGCAUUGCCAGCUACAUUCCAAAAGACAGCAGCCUGCAGUCCGAGACUGUGCGCUACAAGCGGGGGGUGUGCCAGCAGUUCUGCCUGCCCUCCCACACUGUGGACCCCUCGCAGUGGGCAGAAGAGGAGCUCGGCUUUGAUCUGGACAGAGAGGUUUACCCUUUGGUGGUACAUGCUGUGGUGGAUGAAGGAGACGAGUAUUUUGGCCAUUGCCAUGUGCUUCUCGGUACUUUUGAGAAGCACACAGACGGGACUUUCUGUGUCAAGCCCCUCAAGCAGAAGCAAGUAGUAGAUGGGGUCAGCUACCUCCUCCAGGAGAUCUACGGAAUUGAAAACAAAUACAACACACAAGAUUCUAAGGUGGCUGAGGACGAAGUGAGUGACAACAGUGCCGAGUGUGUUGUGUGCCUCUCGGAUGUCCGGGACACCCUGAUCCUGCCCUGCCGCCACCUCUGCCUCUGUAACACCUGUGCAGACACCCUGCGCUACCAGGCCAACAACUGCCCCAUCUGCCGGCUGCCUUUCCGGGCACUGCUUCAAAUCCGAGCCAUGAGGAAAAAAUUGGGCCCUCUGUCCCCAACUAGCUUUAACCCUAUCAUUUCAUCCCAGACGUCUGACUCUGAAGAGCAUUCAUCCUCAGAGAAUAUUCCACCAGGUUACGAAGUGGUGUCUCUUCUGGAGGCCCUCAAUGGGCCCCUCACCCCAUCCCCAGCCGUCCCUCCACUUCACGUGCUUGGAGAUGGUCACCUCUCAGGAAUGCUGCCGUCAUACAGCAAUGAUGGUCACUUGCCCCCUGUCAGGACACUGUCUCCCCUUGACCGCCUGUCUGAUUGCAGCAGCCAAGGACUCAAGCUCAAAAAGAAUCUCUCCAAAUCUGUUUCUCAGAAUUCCUCCGUGCUACAGGAAGAGGAUGACAAGCGCUCCUGCAGUGAGUCGGAGACUCAGCUCUCUCAGAGACCGUCAGCCCAGCAUCUUGGAGAGGAAUGUGGCGUGACUCCAGAAAGUGAGAACCUCACCCUGUCGUCCUCAGGGGCUAUUGACCAGUCGUCUUGCACAGGGACCCCGCUGUCUUCCACCAUCUCCUCCCCAGAAGACCCUGCCAGCAGUAGCCUGGCCCAGUCAGUCAUGUCCAUGGCGUCCUCCCAGAUCAGCACCGACACGGUCUCCUCCAUGUCUGGCUCCUACAUCGCCCCUGGCACUGAAGAGGAGGGAGAGGCCCUUCCUUCCCCCCGGGCUGCCAGCAGAGCCCCCUCAGAAGAAGAAGAGGGGACACCAGCAGAGUCUCCAGACAGCAGUUUUGCUGGCCUUCCAGCUGGGGAGCAGGAUGCAGAGGGAAAUGACGUCAUGGAGGAAGAGGAUGGAUCACCCAUGCUAGAAGAUGGCCAGAGGACAUGCGCAUUUCUAGGCACGGAGUGUGACAAUAACAAUGACUUUGACUCGGGGAGCGUGAAAGCACUGGACAAUGAGCUGUGCUCUGAGGUCUGCUUACCUGGUACCUGGCAGGCUGAUGACAAUGUGGUCAGCCGUCGGAACACUCAGCGCCGACGCUUAUCAUCAGGCAGCCUAGAGGACCCUGAGGAGAGCAGACCAUGUGUAUGGGGUCCUUUGGCUGUCUGAGGGCACUGCCCCCGUACCUGGGCUCUUCUCCUAUCCUUGCAUUCCAUUCUCACUGGACCACUGGCUUCCUGGGCAUCCUCAGCAAGACUCGUGUGGACUUUAUAUUCAUUCGAUGGCUGGGUGUGAAGUUCAGCCCUCUCUCUGCCAGCCCCGUCUCCUAGAACUGUGAUCCUUGCCCUCUCAGAAUCAGAAGCCCUCCCUCUCCUCACGGGCUGAUGCCACCACUCAUGAGGUCCUUUGCAAAGAUGACAGUGCCCACUGAACCCAGUGGGUAGGUUGGGCAGAUUGCCGGCGGCUGGCCACUUCUAGCCUUUUCUCCUUUGGGAGUAGACCAGGCAGAUUUAAGAGUUUUGGCAGCUGUGUCACACACACCCAUGGACAAGUUUUGGUCUCUGGUACCUCAUAACUAAUUUGAAACCUCCAGUUUGUGGUGGUUGGGGGAUUUGCUCUGUGAGAAGGUAGGGUCAUCUUACACUCUGGACUUCUGAAGCACCAGGAGCUCCUUUCGCAAGGAUAGGAGAUGGUAGUGACCAAAGGGUUGGUUCAAAGCCAGUUCCUCUGGUAGCAGAGCUGGUCUCCUGCACCUCAUGUGCCUGUCUCCUGCGGACAGAGCCCUGAACCUGAGGCCUUGUCCUCCUCAGAUGCAGUCAUGGAGGUCCUAGGUUCCAUCCAAAGGUGAUCUUGCAGGGUGUUUAUUGCUGGGCCUCCGUGUAAGUGCUGGGCUUGUUGUGUGUUACCACAUUCCAUCUCCACUACAGCCGUGUGAGGGGGAGGCAACCCCAACUAUCCUCAUCUCCAUAGCUACGAGAGCCAUGGGCCUGUGAUUCUCAAACUGGUACCCCAGAGCACCAAAGGAAGUGGUGACAAGCCUUGAGUUAAGUCCAGGCAGGAGCCUAGGGCCAGCAGCAGUGGCCUGGGAGCCAGGGUGUCAGAGCUGGCCUUCACCUCAAGGACCUCCUCACCCUGCCUUUCAGAUCUCUGGAUAGGAAGAUAGAGCCUCCCAUGGGCAGACUGACAGUUUAGAAACACCAUCUCCAUGAACAUUCAAACAAAGCCUUUGACAGCACGCUGGCCUGGAAACUGUUGAGUGUCACAUCGUUGACAUCUUGGUGAAUACUGAAUGGUUCUUGAGUCGAUGCCUCCCUGCUAGCCUUUGAGAAGUGGUUUUCAGUGGGCUUGGGAAGCAGAAUUAGGAACUUGUGAGGGUGAAGAGUGGAGCCCCUUAAGCUUUGCAGUUUUGCCCUAGAAGAGCUUUCCACAAAGGAGCCUGGUGCCCCGGGGAUCCUUUGCCCCUCUUUUGUGUGUUUGUUUUUUUUUUUUUAUUUUUGGUUCUAGGUCAGACUCACUAUGUCACUGAAGAUGACCUUGACCUCAUGAUCCUCUUGCUUCCACCUCCCAAGCCCUGGGGCUCCGGGUGCAUUGAGCAGUGCCCAGCUCGCCUUUCUUCUCCAGCGUGUCUGCAGAGCCAGCAAUGUAGUAACUUUCACACUACGGGAGGUUGUGACUCAUGUCAGCCCUGCUGGAGGGGGCUCUACAGUCCUACCUAACGUACCCAAGGGCCCAGUUUGAAUUCCCAUGUUCAGCCUCUGAAUCCCAUCGUGAACUCUACCAGUUCAAAUCCCACCUGGCACUCUCCUUUCCCAGAAUUCUACUGCCCCUGCCAUAUUUAAGGCUUAAGCCAGUAUAAGUUGAGCAAUAACCCCACUUCUUGAUUUUCUUAAAUUAUGAGCCCCAGAAGCGGUGGGCAGCAGGGGACUUCCCUUAGCCUGGGUGGUGGCACACAGACCCACCUCCUCCCUCCUGGUAGGCAGUGGGUAGGCAGGGUUCACAGUGUGGUGUGACCUGGGUGGAUGGGGGAAAUAGCCAGGUGAAGAUGCAGGUAAACAGUGGCCAGGACCCCUCAGAAGAAGCUGUUAUGGUGUGCCCCUCCCACCUUCCUGAGGAAGGGUUAAGCCCUCUUGGUUGGCCUCAACUCCACAGCCAACACAUCUAGGUUAGAGAGCCCUUUACUACUCCUAGCCCAGUCCCCCCUGCCCCGCAGAAGCAGCCACAGGGACGGGCCUGAGGAGCUUAUGUGAAGGACAUCAGCUGCCACACUCCUGAUCGAGUCUAUCACCUGGAGACUGUUCCCUUGUCAGCAUGUGCUCAGAGUGGUAUGGGACCUUAGAAGGUACAGAGUACACUGCUAGAGGCCAUUGGCUCCUUGCCAUAGUAGAUCUCCACUCUACCGCGGUCUUGGCGUGCUGUAGUGAUCUUGGUUUCCUCUCAAAGCCUUUCUGCUUUCUACCCAGUUCCAUCCCAUCCGAGUUUAUGCCCCCAGGACAUCUCCUGGGCACAGACCCAAACACUAAGCUUCCUGCCAGGGAGCUAGAUCCUGUCCACCAGGUGUUGGCAUGCUGGUUGCUCACUUUCUUUUAGUAUCUGCACACCUGGUGUGUGCGUGUGUAUACUGUUUGUGCCAUGUGUGUACCCCUCACGCCCUGGAGUACACUUGUGGGCACACUACAGUGGGGACAUCAAGGAUGCAAUAUUUAUGGAUCGCUGCAUGAUUCUUUAAAACGAAUAAAACUGUUUACAAGGGAAGGAGCGAUAUUAA